CGAAGAAAGAAAGAUAGAAAGAAAGAAAGAAAGAAAGAAAGAAAGGAAGAAAGAAAGAAAGAAAAAAGAAAGAACGAAAGAAAGAAACACAGAAGGAAAGUAACGUGGAAAUCACCAAACAAACAAAGAAGGGAAAGAAGGAAGAAAGAAAAAAGAAAGAAAGAAAGAAGAAAGAAAGAA